UCUGAAGAAGAGGCGCCACCUCCCAAGAAAGCAGCCAAGGCAGCUGCAAAGCCUGCCAAGGGUCCUGCCAAGCCUGCAGUGAAGACUAAACCUGCAAAGGAGUCUUCUGAUGAAGAGGAUUCUGAGGAGGAGGCUCCGCCCCCUAAAAAGGGUGCUCCUGCUAAGCCUGCAGCAAAGGCACCAAUCAAGGCUGCUGCUAAAGAGUCCUCUGAUGAUGAUGAUGAUGAUGAGGAAGAUGACGACUCAGAAGAAGAGGCCCCACCACCCAAGAAGACCCAAGCAGCCAAGCAAUCAGCAAAACCAGCAGCUAAAGGACAGCCCGCUCAAGAGUCAUCUGAGGAAGAUGACGAGGAAGAUGACUCUGAGGAAGAGAUGGAUACCACUCCAGCUCCUGCAGCCACAAAGGCAAAGAAAGCUGGCAUGGUCAAAGCAAAGGAGGAGUCAGAAGAGGAGGAGGAUGAUGAUGAUGACGAUGAAGAUGAUGACGAUGAAGAUGAUGACGAUGAAGAUGAUGAGGAAGAAGAUGAAGCCUCAGUGAAACCUGCAAAGAGAAAAGCGGAAGGCAAGAAAGAGACACCACCUGCUAAGAAAGUAAAGUCAGAUGGUGAAGGGCUCAGUUUAUUUGUUGGAAAUUUGAACUGCAACAAAGAUUUUGAAGAGAUCAAAGAUGGGCUGAGAAAGUUCUUCUCAAAAAACGACAUUGAGGCCACUGAUGUUCGCCUUGGAAUGUCAAAGAGAUUUGGCUAUGUAGACUUUGCAAAUGAGGACGAUCUCAACAAAGCGCUGGAGCUCAACGGCAAGAAAUUCAUGGGUCAGGAGGUGAAGCUGGAUAAAGCUCGCAGCAAAGAGAACUCACAAGAGGGCAAGAAAGAGAGAGAUGCUCGGACACUGUUUGUAAAAAACCUUCCUUACUCUGCAACAAUCGAUGACCUGAAAGAGGUGUUUGAAAGUGCGGUUGACGUUCGGUUACCACAAGGCCAAACUGGUUCAAAC